CUGGGGCUGACGGCAUAUGACAGGCACAAGCGGCUUAUGGCCGAGUAUGUCAACUUCUAUGGCGGGAAGCUGCCGGCCCCCGCUCAGCAGCCCACCCUGAAAACCGACUACGACAUCCUUCGUGAACAAUACAGGUUCAUCAGGAGUGCGGAGGAGGACGCGGCUGCAGAGGAUCGCUGGGCGCUGCGUUUGGCAAAGCGCUAUUAUGCAAAGCUGUACCGCGAGUAUGCCAUCGUAGACCUGUCCAGGUACCAGGAGGGUAAGGUGGGCAUGAGGUGGCGCAGCGAGAAGGAGGUCAUUUCUGGGAAGGGUCAAUUCAGCUGCAGCGCGCGCGGCUGCUCGGAGAGCCGGGGACUGGCCACCUUCGAGGUGCCCUUCGGCUACGAGGAGGCCGGGGAGAAGAAGCAGGCGCUCGUCAAGGUGCGUGUGUGCCCGGAGCACGCGCAGCAGCUGAAUUAC